CGAGGGCACUCUUUUGUCUCGAUCUGUCAUGGCUUCUGCGAGCGGUUCUUCAGCAUCUCGAUGCUCUUCUUCAUCGUUCCAUCACUCAUCACGCUACAGCACGAGCACUGUGAGAUCCUUCAGCGCUGAUUCUCUCCAGCCGAGGCUUCACGGCCGCUUUGGAGAGGAAACCUCCAUCCGCUCCAUCACAGACGACUUGGAGCCCGAGCAGGAGUCCUUCACCCGUUACCAUGGUAAUUCACAGGAUCAAUCCUCGUGGGACGACACCUUUGGUGGUUGCCAAGGCGAUCAAGAGUCGUUCGGGGGUUACAGCGAGGACCAGAAGUACACCGGAGGAGGUUACCAUGGCAACUGGAGUCUUGGAGAUACAGGCAGGCAGAUGUCCGGCUCCAGGCGUUCUGCCAGCGCGGGUGUGGUGAGGGCGAUGGGCGACAGCUACUUCCUGUCCGCAGAUGUCAGUGGGUUUGAGCCACAGGAAGUGGUGGUGCUGGCGUAUAAUCAGUGUGUCGUCAUUCAAGCAGAGAAGUCUGAAGCUUCUGGAAGUGUUGCAGACAGGUUUACCCAUAAGUCUGUGCUGCCGGAGGACAUGGACCCGCUGUCUGUGAGCAGUGCACUGUCCUCAGAGGGGAUCCUCACCAUCAGAGUCAGCCGCAUCCCAAAACAACCCGGAGAACCUGGGACUCCUGUCUUCUGCUCUGAAGCUCACUUUUGACCCCACAGAGAAGAACAUUCAGUCACAUCCUCAUGUUAGACCCAUCAAAACAGAUUUUGAUGAUAUUUUAUUCAUGUUUAUUUGACAAGGAACAUUGUUGCAAGAACCACGCAAGUUAGAUUCUUUACUUUGACUGUGGAUGAUGGCAGACAGGUGAGGAGGAGGUAACCAUAGCAACAGCAGACUGGCUCCCUGUAGGAUCAGUAGUACAUCAUAUUGAUAAUUCCUUUCACUUCUUGUUCACUGAUGUUUGGCUGUGAGCUCACAGUGGACGGAAGUUUCCAGGUGUGGAAGCCCAAAUGAAAACUACUGUAGCAUUUACUACAUUUCUAGAUACUUCCAGCUUACUGUAGUAAAUAUGAGUACACUACUAUUUUUAUGUGCCUAAAAUAAUAGAAUUGUUCUUGAAGCCUUUGUGUUAAUUUUUUUAAUACAUUUCAGUGUUUUUUCCCCAAAUCUAUAAAAUCACACCAUCUAGAAUAUACUUGGCUUAACUUUGUAAUAUAU